AGGCUGCCGUCUCUCCGCUGCUCCUGUCGUAAAAGCUGCCGUCAGUGAACAGGCAGAAACGACAACAACAGACCGGUUCUCUCUGCAGCCGGACUUCUUGUAGUUUUUUUUUUAUUUUUAUUUUUUUAAUCUUGUUCUUCAUUUCAAUAAAUUUUUUGUUUCAGUAAAAUGUCGUCCUGGGUUCAGCAGCUGGUCUCCGUCGUCAUGGAGGAAUUCACGGUGACCGCGAAGACUGAAAUCUGUCAGAGACUGAGACCUGGAAACUCUCAGACUCAGGAGGAGCUGCUGGCCGUGGUGAGGAGGCUCUGCGAGGCUCUGCUGCAGGAGCUGAGGAGGCUGCUGGAGGAGAAGCGGGAGGAGAACCAGGAUCUCAAAGGAAAGCAGGAGGACGGUAAAGACUCUAACAUUCUCACUGUCCUGCGGACGCAAGCGCUUCCGCCUGCCGCGGGGCUCCCGCGGCUUCGCCCGCCUGGCGGGCCACACCGGCGGGCGCGCGCUGAGAGCGGCGACCGACUGACCUGUCCGGGGACAGACAGGAAGUUCAGCUGUGCAGAGUGCGGGAAGGAGUUCUCUAAACACAGUUACCUGUCCGCUCACCAGAGAGUCCACCUGAAGGACAAACCGUUUAAAUGUCCCACCUGCGAGAAAGGAUUCACCACGCGCCGCAGCGUCCACGUCCACCAGCUGACCGUCCACAGAGGGCUGAAGCCGUUCACCUGCGGCGUCUGCGGGAAGGCCUUCAGCCAGCAGAGCGGCCUCAGGGCUCACCUGAGGACGCACACGGGUGAGCGGCCGCACGCCUGCGAGCAGUGUGGGAACAGUUUCUCCAGCAGGAGCAGCCUGUCGGUCCACCGCCGCGUCCACACCGGCGAGAAGGCCUUUAGCUGCGACACCUGCGGGAAGAGAUUCAGCGUGUCGGCCAACCUGUGCCGCCACCGCCUCGUCCACUCGGGCCGCCGGGCCUUCAGCUGCGACGUGUGCGGCCGCAGCUUCACUCAGGCCGGACACCUGAAGGUGCACCGCGCCGUGCACAGCGGAGAGUGGGCGUUCAUAUGCAACACCUGCGGGAAGGGCUUCCGGCAGCGCAGCGCGCUGCUGCUGCACGAGAGGAGCCACGCCGGCAUCAAACCCUACAGCUGCGGCGAGUGCGGAAAACACUUCUCCUCGUCUACCUCGCUCAAACGCCACCAGCUGGCACACGGCGGGCAGAAAGCCCACACCUGCGACGCGUGCGGGAAGAGUUUCACCAGCGCCCGGGUCCUAAAGACGCACCUGCAGCUGCACGGCGGCAGCAAACCCUUCCCCUGCGACGUGUGCGGCCGCGGCUACAGCUCGCUGAGCUACCUGAAGACGCACCGACGCAGCCACUCGGAGGGGAAGCCGUUCGGCUGCGCUCAGUGUGAGAAAACCUUCUCCACGCAGGCCAGCGCCAACCUGCACCAGCGCACACACAGCGGAGAGAAGCCGUUCGUCUGCGAGGUCUGCGGGAAGAACUUCAGCGUGUCGCAAGAAAACCUGCAGCACAGCGGAGGGAGCUCUGAAGCAGAAUCCGGGAGGAGCGCUUUGAAAAACGGUCACAUUUGA